UGUCACUCAGUUUUUAUUGUGAAUAACCUCAAAUUUAAGAUAAGAGUCCUUAAAACAUAUUCGAAUCAAAAUUCUUUCAGUGAUAAGUCGUUCACUUUGGGCACCUGUUUGACCAAAACUGUUAAAUGUGAAGGUUGUUUAGGCUUAUAAUUUAACGACCUCCCGAAGUCGUUUCGGAACUCAUAUUAUGUUUGAACUUACUAAUUAGCGGUCCUGAAGUUUACACCUACAUUAAUACGACAUAAAUGCAGAAGCCCUUUGCUGUAACACAUAGUGAUCUUCAGGAUAUUCUGCAAGAAUUUAUUGAUGAGCUAGUUGACUCAUGUUUGAUGGAUGGAAUUUUAACAAUGCAUCGUGCAAUAAAAUUAGGAUAUUUCCAUAUUAUCGCUCCUGAACAAAAUACAAACUUGUCGGAUAAUCCUGGCAAUGGUUCUUCGAAUUCAGGCUCUGGCAGAGACCCUAGCAAAACUGCUAGUUGCUGUCGAUGUGGGAAGUGUAAUUGUAAGGUUGCUGCUACACGUUAUGCUGUCCAUUUAUCUAAUUGUAUGGGAUUAGGAAGAAACAGUUCAAGAAGAGCCAACAAGCGCAUAGCAGAACAACAACGUUUAGAAGAUGAUGAUACCGAGACUGAGGAGAAUUUUUUGGAGUCAUCUUCGGGAGACAUGAUCUCGUACAAGAACUCAGCAACCUCAUCUGACCAACUGGAAUGCAAAUAUUCUAACGGAACAGUUAAUCAUCAUCGAUCACCCUUAAAACUGACAAUCUCUUUGGUACCGGGUUCUGGGAAGCUAGAUCACUCUUCCAAACAUUCAAAUAGACAACUUGACCCAACGGCUGGUAAUGAAUACAGCUGUCUGGAUGGAAAUAAUUCAUUAAAAACUGCCCAGAGCUCACAUCUUAAAUCAAGCCUACCGACUGUAGUGAGUGAAUCCAGCACUUGAUAGGAAGUUGGAACGACUCUCUGUCUGUUAAAUGAAAUUUAUGUGAAGCAUCAAGAUCAUUACCUUUUGACUAGAUUUUACAAUAUGAAGUUUGUAAAUAAAAAGUAUUCUGUGAUUCU